GAAGGAUGGGAGUGCGGAGUUGAUUGUUAAUAUGGAUCUAUCUUAUUAUUCCAAAGAUUGACUCUGGCUUAACUUACUUGACACCCGUCUGAUUCCAGACUUGGCCACAACUUUACACAAAAUCAAGCAAAGUCUUAGGUGUAACUUUGGGGUGUAACAAGAGGCUAUGCCCAGGGCAAUGAUGGUGCCUCAACAGUAGGAAAGGUGAAAUUCCAGGUGGUCAGUCAACUCUGCUGCCAUACAUGGGCUGGCUCUGCUGCCAGCCCACCUCAGCCACACCAUGAGCAUCUUCUCUGGAUCACGCUGUUACCGGCUGGCGGCCGCCGCGCUCAUUGGGCUGAUCAUCUGGCAGCUGGCAUCACGGCUGUACCAGGAGCACACCCCCGAGCCAGGCACCCACACUGGGCCCCUGGCCGGCCGCGUCCGGCCCGGCCAACUGGUUGAAUAUGAUGCACACUCGGCUGGCAAACCGGCAGCGGUCCAGGUGGAGGUCUAUUACGAGGCGCUCUGUCCGGACAGCAAGAACUUCAUCGUGGACCAGCUGGCGCCCGCCUACAGUCUGCUGCAUGCAGACGUGCUCCACGUCAUCUUCGUUCCUUAUGGAAAGGCGACGACGCAGUACCACAGCCGGCCGGACUCCCGGCCCGGCGACCCUCCGCCCGUCACCUUCUCCUGCCAGCACGGCCCCGAGGAGUGCUGGGCCAACAAGGUGCACGCGUGCGGCGUGCGGCGCGCCGACGGUCAGACGCAGGCCGUCGCGUUCGUCACCUGCAUGAUGAAACAGUACCGCCGGCUGCGCCAGAACGCCGAGGAGUGUGCCCGCUCCACCGGCCUUGACUGGCGCGAGCUGGCCGUCUGCGCCGAGGGAGAGGACAUUAACGUGGACAUGGAGCGCUACGGCAACAUGACUCACAGCCUGCGCCCGCGCGCCAUCUUCAUACCCACCGUCACGGUGGACGGGAGUCAAGAGCACCAAGGUGAAAUGUUUUCCCAACUUAUCAAGUUUGUGUGUGCCGCAUAUCAGGCGCGGGCGGACGGCCGGGCCAAGCCCAGCGGCUGUCCGUGAUCGGGGCCAGCGCGCGCCACCUCUCCGGCUCGCCCGUGCUCUCGUCCCCGGCGCUCCGGUGCGAGCGGUGCGUGGCAGCGACACAUCCGCCGGCCGGUCAGUCACGGGGCGCCUGGGGUCGGCUGGACCUGCGACGCUGUCGGCAGGCCGGCCCCGGCAGCUGCUCCGGUGCGGUGCGUGUUGCUGGCGGACGCGAGCCGGCUGCUGCGUCUGCUCAUCACCGCGUGUCGGGCACGUGCGGGCACGUGUGCCGGGGCUGUGGUUGCGGUGGGGGCCAGUCAGAUAUUAAGGUGGACUGUGCCUCGGCCCUGCGAUCCGGCGCCCGGUCACCGCGUGAUGACGGGUGGACACGGCUGGAUUUGUGCAAGCUGCACGGGGGUUCGGGCAAUGUGCAUCGGGGUCUAAGCACGCUAACUGGAUCACUUCUUGGGGGCUGGUGCGUCACAUGUGUGGUUGUGAUACUAUUUCGGGGAAAAUCGUUUGUUGGUUUGUUUUCAUUUAUCGUCGCGUCCGUGCUCAGAAUGCGGCCCGCGUUGUAGCCAUUCCUGAUGAUCUUGAUGCCUGUCAGGCAUUUCAGAGCUUUACUCAGGGUAGUGGACAUUUAUGUUCCCGUCCUUAAGCAUGAACUCUGAACCAUGUAUGAAGUCAUGCGGGCACCCUUGACCAGUGGGUACCCUUGCGGGUACCCUUGACCACCUUCUGUAGAACGCGGCUGAUUGGUUGUCUUUUUGGGAGGGGGGUGGGUGCUGGUGUGAGUCGUCCAAGCCCACCAGAAUUCUGCUGUACCUCUGAGACCAUCCGCACCAGUCACGGGUUUCGACAAGGCACGCCGCGAUGCCGACGGUGAGGUACGCUGUAGACGCUCAGCCCCGCGGAGGCGGACCCGCCGCUUGCGCUGCGAGGUCCGAUGCGCGUUCCCGGCGGCGCGCGCGUGCGGCGCCGCUGGCGCCCGGCGUCCGCGUCGCCGCCCGGCCUGUCCGUACAACUGACGUCGAUCCGUCCUUGUGUGGCCGCCGCGGAAACGCGCCCCCGUCCGACCGGGCCGCAGAAUCGCGGUCGGAGUGUUCCGCACCCGUUCGGCCUUCUGUGUUGUGCCCGGCGCUGUACGGCAUUUCAAUGCACCUUAUUUAAUAUACUGGCGUCAC